AUGUACUGCCUGAAGGGGCAGCGGCACCUAAAUGGUAUUCCCUUUCCCUAUCUGCUAAAUGACCUAAAUGUAAAAAUCUCUCUCCAGGAUGCGAGACAUGCAGCAGAAGAGGAGAUCUACACCAAUCUGAACGCUAAGAUCGACCAGUUCCUUCAGCUGGCAGACUACGAUUGGACAGCAGCCCAGGGGGGCGGUGCUCCGAGCGACUACCUGAGUGACCUCAUCGCCUUCCUCUGUUCCACUUUCUCUGUCUUCACACACCUGCCGGGUAGUGCCAUAGAACACGCUAGACUGCCGGGUAAGGUAGCCCAGACAGCCUGUAUGUCUGCCUGUAAGCACCUCUCUACCUCUCUGCUCCAGCUGCUGCUGGAGACAGACGUCAGACAGGUGUCUAUGGGAGCUCUGCAGCAGUUCAACACAGACGUCAAGGAGUGUGAGAGGUUUGCCAGAGCGGGGCGGUACCCGGCUUCCAAGGAGACACGCUGCUGCUCGCCUUCUCUGAUUUGAGACAAGUAAGUCUUUGUUUUUCUUU